GUAUGCUGUCACUUCAUACCAACGAUCGAGCUAACAGUCCCGCGUCCCUUUCUUGCGGUCCUCAGAUGAAUCUUGAAGAUCUUUAGGGAAAUAUUUUGGUGGUCACUCGAGAGGAUGAGCUGGAAUUCUUCUGUCUACUCCCCCUCAAAAUACACCACCGGCUCCACUCUCCUAAGCCCUUACAGUUCCUACAACCCCUACGACCGCACCCUGGGAUACAUCGUCCGUGGUCAGCCCCAGCAUUCCAGGUAUGCACCUUCUACCUCUCGCUACCUUACACCCGGCCCUUGCCUCGACCGAGGUUUCCCAUUCUUCCCUCAAGAGCCUGAACGAGGUCGACCUGCACCCCAUUCAGACCCCCACAUCACCCGUCGGAGCGAAAGUUCCAGUCGGAUGCAGGUUAAAGGGCCGGUUCUCCGGAUGAAUGGGUUGAGGGGACGCUCACCUUCGAGGACCGGGUACACAUGCACGUCUGCACUGUCGAGGCAGCGCAGAUCAGUGAGUCAGUCAGAUCUGAUGCAAGAACUGUCCACACUGGCGAUCUGUGAUGCUGGAGCAGGAGAGAGAGGAGUCUACACAGUCAAAGAAUGUCUAAUUGGGAGACGGACUGAGUACUCAGGGCCUCUUUACUGGAGCUCGGAGAACUCGAAGCACGCUCAGGGUCUGGUGGGCCUCAGGAAUCUUGGGAAUACUUGUUUCAUGAACUCCAUACUUCAGUGUUUGAGCAACACUCACGAUCUGAGGGAUUACUGUCUGCGCAACACACACCGCGUCGACCUCAACAACAACUGCAGGGCCAAAGCCGCACUGAUGGAGGAGUUCGCCAAACUCACUCAGACUCUUUGGACGUCAGCUAGCAAUGAGGCCAUCAGCCCAUCAGACUUCAAAAUGCAGAUCCAGAAAUACGCCCCUCGAUUCGUGGGCUACAAUCAACAAGACGCUCAGGAGUUUUUGAGGUUUCUGUUGGAUGGGCUUCAUAAUGAAGUCAACAGGGUGACAGUGAAAUCCAAAGCCCCGGUGGAAGACUUUGAUCAUCUCUCGGACGACGAGAAAAGCAAGAGAAUGUGGAACAAGUACCUGGAGAGCGAGGACAGCAAAGUAGUGGAUCUGUUUGUCGGUCAGCUGAAGAGCACAUUGACAUGCAGCGAGUGCGGUUACUGCUCAACUGUCUUCGAUCCUUUUUGGGAUCUGUCUCUACCUAUCGCAAAGACCUCAGGAGAAGUGAGUUUGAUGGAUUGCCUUCGUCUUUUCACAAAAGAGGAUGUGUUAGAUGGCAAUGAGAGACCAACAUGCCACAGAUGUAAAGCCAGACGGAAAUGCACCAAGAAAUUUACGAUUCAGAAAUUUCCCAAAAUCCUGGUGCUUCAUCUGAAACGAUUCUCAGAGUGUCGGGUCCGAACCAGCAAACUGUCCACGUUUGUCAACUUUCCUCUCAAAGACCUGGACCUCAGGGAGUUUGCCUCCAAUAACUGCAUAAACACAGUGUAUAAUCUGUACGCCGUGUCGAAUCACAGCGGGACGUCUUUGGGUGGGCAUUACACGGCGUACUGCCGCAGUCCCUGUACAGGAGAGUGGUACACCUACAAUGACUCCAGGGUGAGCCCCAUGUCGUCCAGCCAGGUGCGCAGCAGCGAUGCAUAUGUUCUCUUCUACGAAUCUGCAGUCUCAUCACGAAUGUGAACAAUCUCACACGGAGGCUGAAACAGUCUUGGAUUAAAACAACGUUUCUGAUGCUCUUGCACUGGGUCUACAUACUCCGAUCCCGGGACUCAAUUCCAGUGGAGGGCCAUGGGACUGUUAACCAAGGGGAAGUGAAUAAAAGUCAUGGACUGAGAUGAGAGUUUAGACUGAACUGUAGUGUAAGGGCUUCUCCAUGCAUCACGCAUCUUAAAUGAGGCUGAAACGGCGGACGAUGAACGAGGGAUAUGAACUACUACCUCGAAUAAGCAAGAUGUGUGUGUGUGUGUGUGUGUGUGUGUGUGUGUGUGUGUGUGUGUGUGUGUGUGUGUGUGUGUGUGUGUGUGUGUGUGUGUGUGUGUGUGUGUGUGUGUGUGUGUGUGUGUGUGUGUGUGUGUGUGUGAGACUGGUAUUUUAGGACUCUAUGCACUGUGUAACCGGAGCUGUCUGGCUCUACAGUCGGUCACCAUAACACAACCCCAAUCCUUACCGUAUUUAAUUUAUUAACAUUAGUUUAACGUUUAAUUUAAAAAUAAAUGAAUGCUUUUUACUCGGAGCAAAAUGAGGUCAUGCAGAGAGACCAUAUAGGUCAAUAGAGGAUGUUUUAAUGGAUUGUUUACUAUUUCAAACAGAAGAUACGCCUCCUUUGGGCAAUUUGGUCACUUUUGAGAGAUUAUGCACGUUGAAGGGCAUUGUUUUACACUCUUGCAUGACUCUUCGACAUUACAGAGAUGAUUGUAUGGUUGCUUUCCUCUGGGGGCCAGGUGUUGUUUAACCCAAUAUAAACUAUGAAUAUUUCAUUCAUCUGUAUAAUUUUGCUAACUCGACGUUUUUCCUCCAGGGGGAAUAUAAGCUUUGGAAGAGGCCUUAAUAUGUUUUCCUCAUUCUGUCAGGGACAGUAUAUAUUCUUUUGAGAAUGAGUCUGAAUCAGACAGAAAGCCACCAGGAGGAUGCAUGUGUGUAAGAGAGAGAGAGAGAGAGAGCGAGUGUGUCUUUAUGUGUUAUUGCUCUAUUUAUAAAGUGAAUGUUGUGAAUGUAGAUUUUUGUUGUGCUUAAACCAGACAAUGUUUUUUUCUACAGAGAGAUUUUAAAUGAGUGCUAAGUUUGUGUCUGACAUGUGACUAGUGUACUGCAUAUCAAAUACCCUUGGCUUUUUAAAAGUCAAGUAUGUAAACAUGAAUAAAAACAAAUAUCUACACCAACAGUUUUAUCGGCAUUACUACAUUAG